AUGGAGAGUGUCAGUCCAGCCACUGCUCGUGCUGCAUGUAAUUACCUGAAUUGCAUCAAAACUGGGAAAGAAUGCAGGCCAGGUUCAUCGAAAACCACAUUAGAAUGUCUUUCAAAUGCUCCCCAUACUGAGCUCUUAAUAGAAGAACUGAAGAAUUAUCCAGUCGGUUCUUCUUUUCCUACGACAUUGAAGAGCCUCCAUAUCAAAGGUAUUAAGCUCGAUAAUUUCGACACUCGCAUUUUACGCUUGACGCAUUUGUCUAUCCUUACAAUUGAGGGAAGCAAUAUAUCUGCGAUUACUAAGGAUAUUGCCAAACUGAGUUUAGUUCGACUUAGUUUGAACUCAAAUUCUAUCGAAGUCUGGCCGUCCAUCUUCAAAGAAAGUCCGCUUUCUUCGUUCCUUACGCAUUUGAAUCUAUCAGGAAAUAAAAUUACUAGUCUUCCUAUGGAUUUUUGGAAUCUUGAAAACUUGGAAACUCUCAAUCUAAAUGAUAACCAACUAAUCGGAGUGCCACCAGUAAAUUUACAUCGAGUUCGCCGAUUGAGGGAUGUUUUCUUGCGGAAUAAUCGACUUCGUUGCUUGCCCUUUUCUUUCACUUGUCUUCAAUCACCGGGUACUCUUGAUCUCUCCGAUAAUCCCUGGGUGGCCCCUUCUCUUCCUCUCCCGGUUACCAAAUUUGAGCCAAAAUCUCUCUUCCACUACGCCACUGUCACAUUUCUCCAAGCUUAUGCCAAAUUUUGCUGGUGGCCGUCAGUGGUGACGAAGGCGAGGUGGGAACAUGAGGAUUUGCCUGAGAAAAUUGCGACGGAGGCCCUGGGCGUCCUUCGUCGGUGUGCUGUUUGUCUGAAGGUCUGCGGCCCCGAGUCACAUCGCUUUGUGGAUGCUGUGGAGUUGCGAUUCGCCCAACGUGUCGUCUCCACGCCCUCAAGUGUCAUCCACUACUGUUGCUCUAAUCGAUGCGCCCAACGCUUCAACCCACCCUUAUCUACCACCUCUGUGUAG